UUGGCCCAAGUGCUUGCCAUCCAUUCCGCCAAUUGCUACAUAACGCCCCACUUUGAGCCCUGCGCAGCCUGGCAAUGGCGCGCGUGCUGGCGGCGAUGCUGAUGGCGCUCGCCUUCGUGCAAGGCGGCGCCGUUGACUCGGAGGAGGAUCGCCCCAAGGGCGCCCGCAGGCGGGCCCGUGAGCGCGCGCUCGCGACGCAGACCGAUGAGGACGUGGCCAAGACUGGCUGCGCCCAGCUCGGUGGCGACAAGUGGUUCUCGGAUGCGCACGGCGAGCUGUUCCAGGUGAAGCAGGACCACUGCUCGAUCACCUUCGCGCUGAAGACCAAGAGCGGUGCCAUUGUCGAGAAGCGCGGCGUAGUCAGGGGCGCCAAGGUGCUGAUGGAGCCGCCCUUCCCCGAGGGCACGGUGCUGGGCUCGAGCGUCAAGUUCGAGAACGGCGCCACGUGGGAGCGCAAGUGGUGAGCGCCUCGCCAGAUCGCCGAGCCCAGAUCCAGCGGGGGCAUGCCUAGAGCUCCCCAAGAAGUUUGCGAGAGACUCGUUGAACAAAACAUGUAGCUUGCACCCCGUAGCUUUCACCUCCAG